UUCACUCACUCACUUCUUUUUUCUCACUCUACAUGAAAUCCUGCAAUAUGCUUCUAAUUUACCGACACGUCUCCUCUCUCUCUCCAUUACGCGCCCGUAGCGCGGGACAUUAAACCGGUUUCCCUCCUUUAAAUCCUCCGCGUUUUUCUUUCUUAUUUUCUCUCCCCCUCUUUUUUUUAAAAAUACCGCAGGAGGAAGAAGAAGAAGAAAAACAGCGGCGAGCCUCGUUGUGCUGAUGCUGCAGUGUCCCGUGCUGCUCCCGGUUCUCCCUCCCUCCAUCACACCGGGACACUGAUCCUCCUCCUCCUCCUCUUCUCCUCGUUUCUCCUCUUUCUGCACCUCCUUGAUGUGAUGAUGAUGAUUAUAAUAAACAACUGUCCGUCGGGGUGUUUGGAGCUGAGCCGCGGUUCUCCGCCGUCUGAAGCCUCCUCUUCCUCCUCUUCCUCCUCCUCCUCCUCCUCCUCCUGCGGGCUGCUCAGGUCGGCGCUGAAAACCAACACCAAGAGGAUACGGAUGUUGACCAAGACAAACAUAGUCUAUUAAUAUUUCAGAGAUACUGUAAAGCGAUAUAUUAGUAUUACAGCCCGGUGGCCGGUGGGGAAGGUGCGCACGCCGAGGACGGACUGUCCGACCUCCUGCUCUCCAGCUCCGCUGCAGGUGAUGAAGCUCUGAAGACGAUGGUGAUGAUGAUGAUGAUGAUGGAGAUGGAGGCUCUGCACAGCUCCAGGUCUCACUAGGAGCUUCCGUCCCCCCCCGACCCUGCUCCACUCCCUUCCUCUUCCUCACACCACUUCCUCUUCCGGUCCUCCACCCCCCCACCAGGAAGGAUGACUGUGGUGUCCACAGACAACAUGGACGAGACCUCCACCCUGCCCGGUCACCCGCAGGACCCCUACCCGCCCGACGACGACCAGGACGACCACGACUGCUGCGAGCGGGUGGUCAUCAACAUCUCGGGGCUGCGCUUCGAGACCCAGCUCAAGACCCUCGCCCAGUUCCCGGAGACGCUCCUCGGCAACCCCAAGAAGAGGAUGCGCUACUUCGACCCCCUGCGAAACGAGUACUUCUUUGACCGGAAUCGUCCGAGCUUCGACGCCAUCUUGUAUUACUACCAAUCCGGCGGCAGGUUGAGAAGACCGGUCAACGUGCCUCUGGAUAUGUUCUCGGAGGAGAUUAAAUUCUAUGAACUCGGCGCGGAGGCUAUGGAGAAGUUUCGUGAGGACGAAGGCUUCAUUCGGGAGGAGGAGCGACCAUUGCCGGAGAAGGAGUUCCAGCGGCAGAUCUGGCUCCUCUUCGAGCAUCCCGAGAGCUCCGGUCCGGCCCGAGGGAUCGCCAUCGUCUCCGUGAUGGUGAUUCUUAUUUCAAUAGUCAUAUUUUGUUUGGAGACACUACCAGAGUUGAAGGAGGAUUCCAGCUACCGGAUGCGGAUCGUGGGGAACACGACCGUGUACUACAAACCAAACGUCCUCACGGACCCGUUCUUCGUGGUGGAGACUCUGUGCAUCAUCUGGUUUUCCUUUGAGUUGAUAGUUCGGUUUUUCGCCUGCCCCAGCAAGGCGGCGUUCUUCAAAAACAUGAUGAACUCUAUCGACAUUGUGGCUAUAAUCCCGUACUUCAUCACACUGGGCACAGAGCUGGCCGACGACCCAGACAGCAAGGAGGGCAAGGGUGGAGGGGAGCAGGCCACGUCUCUGGCUAUUCUCAGGGUCAUCCGUCUGGUGAGAGUGUUCAGGAUCUUCAAGUUGUCCCGACAUUCGAAGGGGCUCCAGAUUCUGGGGCAAACUCUGAAGGCGAGCAUGCGGGAGCUGGGCCUCCUCAUCUUCUUCCUCUUCAUCGGCGUCAUCCUCUUCUCCAGCGCCGUCUACUUUGCGGAGGCCGAGGAGAAGGAGUCGUUCUUCACCAGCAUCCCCGACGCCUUCUGGUGGGCCGUGGUGUCUAUGACGACCGUCGGUUACGGGGACAUGUACCCCGUGACCAUCGGAGGGAAGAUCGUGGGCUCGCUGUGCGCCAUCGCCGGCGUGCUCACCAUCGCGCUGCCGGUGCCGGUCAUCGUGUCCAACUUCAACUACUUCUACCACCGGGAGACGGAGGGCGAGGAGCAGGCCCAGCUGCUCAACGUCAGCAACCAGAACCUGGCGUCGGACACCAACUCGAGUCGCCGGAGCUCGUCGGGCGUCAGCAAGUCGGAGUACAUGGAGAUAGACGAGGACAUGAACAACAGCAUCGAUAACUUCAGGGAAGCGAACCUCAGAACUGCCAACUGCACGGCGCCGAGCCAGAACUGUGUGAACAAGACGAAACUGCUCACCGACGUGUGAGGCGGCGGCGGCGGCGGCGUCCGACGCGCCGGUGUAAAUAUUGUAGAAAUAUCUGGAUGCUUUAUCUCCAUUGGUGCAUUUUAUUCUCUUCUUUUGCAUAGAUACAUUCACACAUAUGUGAAUACUCACAUAGUUUAAACGGCACACGUUGUAAACUUGUAAGAGGAAAGGCCGAGUUCUUUCAUCAGAAAACAACAAGAACAAACUAUCUAGAGGUUUGUUCGGCAAUAGGACAAAGACCGGCAGGUGUCAGAGGAGAUUUUUGAUAAAAUAUUCCAUUAAGUUAGUUUCUUGUUCCCUUGAAUUCCUGAACUUAAUCCACAUAACUGAAGGGAAAACACACAUUUUGCACAUCGAGGUCAGUUGGUCAGUGUCAGCGAGUGAUCGUCCUCUAACGUCUUCAACGUCUCCGGAUCAUCUUUGUCCUUUCUUCAGAAGGAAAAACAGAAACCCUGAUGUCAGUGACGUCACGUGACCCUCACAACAGGGACAACAGGGUGGACACGCACUUCCGUCCAGGUUAGGGUGAUGAAAACACAAGCUGGUGUUCAUCCUUCACGUCUGCUGUAAAAAAGAAAAAGAAAAAGCCACUUCAAAGUCUCAACUUCCAUUUCCUCCGGAGCUCUUAGUGGAAACAGAGAGAGACGUGACGUGAAUCCUGUAGCUCUGGUGACCUGGACGGAGGCGAUCCAGACGAGAUGAGGAAGGUUUGUAUGUACAGAGUCCUUCGCUUGUGACCACAAGCUUUCACAAAGAGUCACUACGACAGAAUCCAGAACAGGUCGAGGGUUCCAACGACUAGAGCGACCAAGGAAAACGAGUGCGAUGAGGAAUAAUUUGCCAUUUUUUAGAGCACAGAUUACGAUAUUAUUCAAACAAAAGCAUCUCCUCCACACGACCCGGCUUCGGACCACAAGACUCAACUUUCAGGGUCAAAAAAAGACAAAAGGACGAGACGACGAAGCCCGACUGAGGUUGAAGAACAUGUUUCGAGGACUCGCGUUGCGCUGGAUUAACAGUCGGCGGCUUUUUGGGGGAAAACUUAAACGGCGGAUGUUGAAGUUUUUCCAGGCACCUUAUGAGAAGAGAACAGGACGUGUGUCGAGCCUCGCGGAGGAUUAUCUCACUGCAGGUCGGCGGGAGGUUUCCCUGUCUGAUGCCAUGCAACACUCCUUUAUAUAGAAGCAUGUGGAGACUCUCUUCUCUUAUAUCGGCAUGCGACACCAUGUUACCUCAUUUCUUAUUUCUUACGCUUUGUUUUUCCUUCUUCGACCUUCAUCUUCUCCUCGCGGAAUCUUUUUUCUCUCAUUUGUUUUUCACCAAAAGUGCACUGGCUAUUCAUUAUGGUUUUAAGUUCUUUCAAGGCAUUUACGUGUUGAAUGUUAACGCACUAGGGGAACACUUCUUUUCGGAAGAUCACGGCAUGUCAAAACACUGAAGCGCUGUGGCCUCAUUAGCUAUGGUAGAGCUUACGUAUACUCAAUGCAUGAUAGUCAGUAUUUAAUUGCUUGCAGUUGUGGAGGACCAAGACGAUGAUCCUCCUCAUUAUGUCAAGCUCACAGGAUCUGGUGCAUGACGGAGCUAACGGCCGGACGAGACACAACAAAACUAAAACACAAGAAGAGACAUAUCAGGGAUCUCUUUCAAAAAAAAAAGGACAUUUCAGAAAUUACACCCUCCUUUUUUAAUGAAUUCAAAGCUUCGAUCUUUGACGAUGAAGUGCACGGGAUCAUUACAUGUGAUUUUUAAUUUAAAGAGUUUCAAGGAAGCGAAGCAGCGGCGUUCAACACAUGUUCAUAGAUCACAAAUUAGUUUCUAGUGCCUUCAACUCCGUCUCAUUACCGAAUUGAGUAAAGUGCCUCCGGUGACAACAGAUGACAAAGACAUUUUACCACGUGCAGCUUCACUUCUCCUGCCAUGAACAUGCACUUCUCCCUGCACACGUGGAAAAGAAGAGGGUUAUUAUAUAUGUACACACACGCAUGAAAAUAUUCCUUAAUCCCGAACCAGAUUUAUUGGGCCUGAACAAACUUUCCUGGACGAUGACACGCGGCUGCAGCGCACGUUGAGCAAGACGAUGAACUGAAAUGUGGAUGUUUGUAUGGAAGUCAAAGUUGUUUGGUCUUUUCGUGUGCCGGUAGUUGGACAUCCUUAGAAUUCCAGUACUUUUCAUAAUUGUGGCCAUUGUGACGAUCGCCCUUGUGGAGAUGUUGUAAACGCAGAUCACGUCAAACACAGGGAUUCUCAGAAAGCUUCUGAAAAAUCAACUUCAACGCUAAAAAGUCUAAUAGCCGGAUUAGCUAUUGUAGCUAACUCCAUAGGGAUUGACAGAUGGCUCGUCUGUGAACGAAGCUGUUUGCUUAGCUGACUUUCCAAAUGUCUAUUCUCUGAAUCCCAGCUAAUUCAACUACUGUAGCUGAACACAUUCUGUCUGUUGACCAAUGAAACCAGCUGUUGUGUUAGCCAACAAACAAAGUCCCUGUGUAAAGUCACCGACAUCAAACACAAGCAGACACAUACAUUAGCCCUGGAUUAGCUGCAGACAGCUAGCUAAGGUAGCUUUUAGCUUAGCCAACUUGCAGUUGGCCAUCUGCAGUUAAAUGCAGAAUCUGGCUUUAACAAAAGCAAAAGUCUUACAAAGGUUUUGAGUGUUUGGUCCAACGGCCUCCGAGUUUUCUUUUCUUUGGUUUCAGGGAAGUGAAACGUGUCUUUGGUUCGGACAGAUGGUUCAGAAAAGAUUCAAAAGCUCAUUCAUGGUGAUCCAUGAAAGUUAAGCUGUUUGUCCUGGUGCCUGGUUUUGACCAUGUUGUGUUUCAGGAAUAUCUACAGUAUCUGUAGGGCGCGUUGUUGUCUGUUGUAUCAGGAAUACGUCAUCUACUGUCAAUCUUCUAUUAUUUCCACACGUGUCUGAGACUAAAUAUUCAACAUUUUUCUUAUUGUCAACAAAUUUGACGUGCAGAAGCAAACCAGCACUGUGGCAGUUUGUCCUGAAGCUCUUACUUCCUGAUUCCCUCUGAGCUCAUUGGCUCCUGCUGAGAUUUAAUGGAGGAAACUGGGGACUAUUGUCCGUUUGGGAUUGAUCCACAUGUCUUUGCUGUCCGAUGAAGAGUGUGGGGUUGUGUUGAGGUGAUGAAGGAACAUUCGAGCUCUGUGGUUCAGCGGAUCACAUACAAACUGUAUAGAAGGAGAUGAAUUGGAAGUUGAUGACGAGAAGAGAAGUGUCGGUUGAAGAAGCCUCCGUGUUUCCGACCUACUGAGCACACGACCUUGACGUCCUCGGUAUCUGCGGUUCUGUUCUGCAGCGCAACAACUCCUUUUCUUUUAAAGGACUCAGAUCUGCAGCACUUUCUCCUCUUCGCUCUCUUAUCAGCCGCCGCGGCCGGAGGCGUCUGUGAACUGAGCCGAGCGUCGUCCUCCGGCUGCACCGAACACUGCCGCUCUCUGACGACUGGGACCAAAACCCCUCUGCUGACAAUUAGAUCUGCUCCUGUAAAAAUGAAUCUCGACACGCGUCGUUUUGUUUCUGUAAAAAACUGACCAUAACAUGAGCCUGUCUGUAGCUGGUCCACCUCACGUUUCCCCUCCGACCUUCUGCAUCUUCUUCAACGUUGUCUAUGUGCGAUUGAGGCCGACGUUGUCCAGCAUCUUAGGAAGAUGAUAAAGGGUCUUUUUGUCCGUCCGAGUGCUCGGAUGUGGAGAGUUGUGAGGUACAGUCAGUGUUUCCUCUGCAGAGCCGCGUUCAUCUGAACGUUACCACCAGCAUUAGUCAUUCUGCAUGCAGGCAAAAUGGCUGCUGCUGCUGCUGCUGCAGUGUUGUUCGGUACAGAGGAGACAGCACAUGUCCGUGAGAGGGAACUGCUGUUAGAAAGACGACGUGAAGCAUCCGAGAGGAUCACGUCAGUGAUGACUGAGUCUGACACAAGCCAAAGGAAUCUGGAUGUCAUUAGCUCAUCGUCUUAAAUAUAUCUCUUUUUUAAAUCAAAAACUGCUGCAAGAGAUGAACUGGCUCCAAAGUGUUUAUCGUUAACGAUACAUAUUUACAUAUCGCCCACUUUCAUCUAAGUCCCGUCAGAGUUUACCUCACAACUGCGAGGAAACAACAUCUGUGGGAUUUGCAGAAAGUCUUAUUCUUGUUCUUUUUAGCCAUAAGUGUGUUACCGGUGUGUUCCACCAGAGGGCACCACAGAACUCGGAGCGUGUAGAACUACAGCAAUUACAUAAUGUUAUUAAAAAAACAUGCCGUCGCUGGAAGAGGUUAGUUUAUGGUUACGUCUCCUGAUCACGGUCCAAAAAGCAACAACUGCCCCGUCGUAUCUGACACGUGAAGCCCUGAAAUGAACGGCGCCGUGGCAACGGCCAGAAUCUGCCCCUACACUGCCUCCUACUGUUCAUGUGGGUAUUGCAUCUUGCUGACAUGUAGCCUUAAUAUCUGAGUACGACAUAAACAACCGACAGAACAAAAACGACAGCAUGUUUUAGUGUUUGCUGGUGUUGUUCAGCUGUGUGUCGUCAUCCUGUGAGUUUCAGGCCCAUUUUACAAACUGAUGUUGAACGAAAAAGAAAAUCCCUUUAAUCAACGUUUCAGUUUGGUGGAAGAAUUAAAGAGGAAUCCUAUGAAAGGUGCUUGGUGUUAACGUACAGUCGUUCCACAGGAGAAAGGAAAAAAAAUUAGAAAUCUCACAACUUUUUAAAGGAUAAAAUCACCUGAAAAUAGAAGUUUUAUAUAUUUUCUCGACAUUUAUUGGAAAUUAGUGAUUGAAAAACAAACAUCAGGGUCGUUGGUGAUCUGUUUGCUCACGUCGACCACUGAAGGGACCAAAUCAUGUUUUCUAGUUGUUUCUUAUCAUCAGAGCAGCUCAUCACACGGAUGAUACACAAAACAUAAAGUUACAUUUUGUAGAUUGAAGGUCAUGUGUCCUUGAACAUUUUUACAGAUUGUCUUUUCUUUUCUUUUUUAAUCUUCGGACAUGUUGGUUUGAUAUGCAGUUAAGAGGGAAAAUCACUGCUCCUGUCAAAUUAAAGUCCAGGUUUUAUAUUGACAUUAAAUAUGAUUAUUUAACAAGCUUCUAACUGCCAAGUCUAAAACGAUCAAUACAUCGAUUUACAGACGAUCAUGUGAUUUAUCUCCAACGAGCUGCAUAUCGACCAUUUCUGUUUCAUUUCUGUUUUGUUAUCAGGGCAUUUGGAAAAAUGUUAAUGCGUUUAAUGUUACAUUUAAACUAUUGCUACUUAAAGCUGCAUUGAUUGAUUUUUGUCACUAGGGGGAGCAGGUCCACGCUGAUAUCACAACAUUGGACAUUAUUAAUCUCCAUAUAAAGUUGUUAUGGUGAAAGCAAAACUGAGGAACUAGGGUAAAUAUAUGUUUUUGAAUGUUUAUCACCGACAGCGUCCGACAGCCAUUUCAUCAAUUGUUGACAAAAAAUAUUAGUGCAGCUUUAAACAUGAAAUUGACAUUUGAAAGAUUUGAUUUAUUCAGAUUACUAACGUUUGACUUGUUCAACUCUUGAGCAAAUUCUCAAUUAUAAGAAAUGAAUCAACAGUAAAGUCACAUAUUGAGUGAAUAAAAACCCAAAUUAGAUCAUUUUUUUGUAAAUGUAAUAAUCUUGUUCUGUCAGACGAAGCAGUUUCAAGGCAUCAGAUUCGACUCCCGGCCUUUAUUAUUGUCAACUUAAUAAUUAUAAAUAACUUUUUUGUAAAGAAUGUGUUACUAUAAUUUUUAAAUAAUUAAUCCAUUUCAAAUAUUUAUUUAAUUGACAAGCGUAAUUAUACGUUUGAUUACAAAAUCAUAGUUAUAAUAAUAAAACUAUUUUUAGAGCACUUUGAAAAAAUGCAGUUGCAAAUUCAUUCAAAAUAAAAUCUAAAUAAUUAUGACAUUGUUUAUUGUGAUGUUUUGAAACUGCUUCAUUUUUUAUGAAUUUCAAAGAAAUUUAAAAUUUACAAAAGAUGCCUUGAGCUUAAGGCCGAGAAACUCUGCAUCAUGUUUCACGAUGAAGAUGAAGAUGAUGAUGAUGAUGAUGCACAGAGGAGUUUCAAGUAUGAAAAUAGAUUUGAAGAGAAAUUCCACCGUGUGUCUACUUCUGUCGACGCUGGAGACAAAGUGCAUGAUCACAACAUUAAAACAAAUUAAUGCUGCUCAGAUAUUUUUGCUCACACAGACGUUUAUCAUCGUCAUCAUCAGAUCAAUAAUUAAUCCAUCGUGUCUCUUCGGAACAUCGUUCUUUUAAAACAGUCUAUUUUUAGCAGGUUUGGUUAUUUUGGGGACUCGGCUCAGUUUGUCACGUUGCUGUGGUUCGUCUGUUCCCUCUCGAACCCAAAGUCUCGUCCCGACCGCGACGACUAAAAAGUCCCGGUGCCGUAAACAAGAAGAGUGAAUAUACGUCAAAUAAAUCUAAAUAGAAAACUACAUGUGCUUCUCCACUGGGAUGCUGAGUUUCCUCCCUGCACCCUGGAGUCGCUCACUUUGCAGUAUGUCCGCUGUUUUUAUUUUUAUUUUCUUUUUUUUCUUAAGGAUUCUUGCUGCAGAAACACAGCGUCUGUCAUUUGUUGGUGAGGCAUCAUCGUCUGUAACCUAUGCAAGGUUAGUCGACAAUGUAUGUCCAUUCUGACGUCAUCAUAUUACAACAGUUUCAAUAAAUUUUGAAAGAUA